UAUUUUCAAGCUUUAUCGUAUAUCGACACUUGCUAAAUCAUUCACUUGUUUCACCAAUGAUACUUACACGUAAUAGUAAUUCUUAUCUACUACACUUACAUUACUUUAUCUACCGUAUUUACAAAAUUGGCGUCGUGAAAAUAUAAUCAUAGAAACGACAACACGAACACUUUGUCCGCGAUUCAUGACCAUACUGAAGUUCGUCUGCUUCAAUACUACCGGCGUAUUAGCAUUGUUUACGUAUAAUGAGUUCGUGGAUACAAAAAAUUAAAUCGAUUCCAAUGUAUAUGGAUUAUGACGGUCAAGCUCGGGCAGAAAAAUUAUCGACAGAUAUUAUAACACUUUUCGGGGUAGUUGGAUUAAUAUGGGGAUAUAUUAUCCAACAAUUCUCUCAAACAAUGUACGUACUUGCUGCAGGAUUUAUGAUGGCUGCUUUAAUUACAGUACCAUCAUGGGCCAUGUACCGUAGUAAACCUCUAGACUGGCAGAAGCCACAGUCUCAUUGUCUGUUAAUAGAUUGUAAAUGCAGUGAAACCGCAGUAUCUGUGCUUUCAGGUAUUCGUGGUUCAAAAAAAAUUACAUAGAAAAUUUUUAAAUUCAUCAAUAAUAGUAUAAUCAUCACUUAUGUCAUUCACUUUA